AAUUUUUGAAGGACACACUCAGUCGUUCGCAUGAUAACAAGUAAAGUCGUUUGACAGCACUUAGUACUAGUUUUCUUAUAGAAUAGCAAUCCAAUCACCAUGAAAACUCAAGUCUUGUUCUGCAUUUUAUUCAUCGGAUUUCUUGGUCUCUGCCAGGCACAGGAUAUUACACUUUUAUUGAACAACAGACCUUACGUUGAAAGAGAAAUCAGCUGCGUUUUGGGACGUGGACCAUGCGACCUUGUUGGAAAACAAAUUAUUGCUUUACUGCCGGAAGCUCUGAACAACAACUGCGCUCGGUGCAAUCGCCAGGACGCUGCUAAUGCACGGAAACUCAUACAAUUUAUGAUGUAUAACUACCCUAAUCAAUGGCGCGAGAUUGUUCAACGUUAUUCUGUCCGUCACGGUUAAGCAUUUUAAUCAUACUUUUUUUAGUAUGUAUAUUGAUUCAAAAAUUCAAUAAGGAUAUUUAUUUUCUCAAUAAGUUAUUUUAUUAGAUUUUAUAUUGAUUAUUUCUGCUACUGUAUUAAAUUUUAUGUUAAAAAUAUUUACAAAUUCUUGUUCCUAAUUUCUUUUCUAUGCAAUUUUUAUGUCUAUAUGUUUGUUCCUAACUUGUAAGAAUUUCUGACAGGGAUGUAAAUUAUGAAACGUUAAGAUUACGCAAGUGUAUUUGAAUAAAUUUCAUUUAGAAUAUUUAA